AUGGCCAGACAAGAAACUCACGGGCUCCGGCGAUGGCGCCGCGCUAGAGACGCGUCCACGGAAAAGCGACAGUACGCAUCGGAGCCCCUGGCCUUGAACCUUAUUCCUCUGGAGCUGCAGCUCCUGGUCAUAUCGCAUCUCGACGUCGCCAACACCGCCCGCCUGCGGCAGGUGUGCCGGUUCUACCGGCAGCUCGUGACGCCGGACUUCGUCGCGAAGCAGUUCAUCCGCGACGGCGCGCAGGACCCGGAGCUGCAGUGGUUCUGCACGGCGUGCCUGGCGCGGCCGUCGCGGGCGCGGCUGAUGCUCGACGAGGGCCGCGCCGCGUGCCCGUGGCGCUCGCUCUGCUUCCGCUGCUUCCGGGCCCGCGGCGGGCUCCGGCGCCACGAGCGCGAGCACGGCCGGACGGUGCUCCUGGUGCCGGGCGGGCCCCAGGCGAGCGUCGUUGCCGUGCCGUGCCACUUCUGCGGGUGGCUUUUGGCGCCCGGGGGCCCGGCGCCGGCGCCGGAGAGGCCCGCCCACCGCCCGUGUCGCGUCAAGAUCAGGCUGGUCAGCUGGGCCUGGAUCCUGCUGGGCGUGCUGCAGCUCGUGCUGGGCUUCAUGGGUGCUGUUGCGGCGUGGAGUAACUACGAAGAGAUGCGGGAGAUUUACGUACCCGGCACUCUCAAUUUUGCGCUGAUGUGGGUGUCACUCAUCGUCGUUGGCUUUCAGAAGGUCCAUAUCAGGCGAUGGAGGAUUACUAUCAAACCUUGGCUCAUCCCAUUCACCUUGGAGUCUGCAAUGACAAUUAUAUGGCUUCCGCCGCUGAUAGCGAAUGCAAGGGAUCUGGCACCUAUGAUCGAGACAUCGAUGGACACUUUCCCAGUGUUCUCUCUUGCAGUCUUUGCUGCAAACUUUGGUUUCCGGCUGUUCAACUCUAUCGGCUACGCUCUCUUGUUCUUUGACUUUGACCCGAGGGACGUGUAUCUUCCGGACCUGUCCGCCGCACAAAAGCUGUUGCGUGCGGGCAGCACAUUCAUGAUAUAUUGGGCGGUUAUUCCGUGA